AGCAGACUGGGAGAAAACAACAACAUCAGCUCGUUGUUAGUCCCGGUCCAGUUUCCACGGAGCCGCCCGGUCAGACCCGGUCCUUUCUCCCGGUUUUCCCCGGCGGACGGUGAGCAGGCAGCGGGCAGAGAUGUGGAUCCAGCCGGAGGAGGUGCUGCUGGCCGGAGCGCUGUGGGUGUCCGAGCGGGCCAACCCGUUCUUCAUCCUGCAGAGGAGGAGGGGGCACGGCCGCGGGGGGGGGCUCUCCGGUCUCCUGGUUGGGACUCUGGAUGUGGUUCUGGACUCCAGUGCCAGAGUGGCUCCGUACAGGAUCCUGCUCCAGACUGCGGACUCUCAGAUCUACUGGAACAUCGCCUGUGGCUCGUCCAGAAAGGAGAUCACGGAGCACUGGGAUUGGCUGGAGACCAACCUUCUGCAGACCAUCUCCAUCUUUGACAGCGACGAAGACGUCACCACCUUUGUCAAGGGAAAGAUUUCUGGCAUGAUUGCGGAGGAGAACAGGCUGAAGCAAGGGGACGAACAGGAGGAGGAUUGUGGGAAGUUUCGGGAGGCCGAGCUGAAGAUGAGGAGGCUGUUUGGGAUGCCCGAGGAGGAGAAGCUGGUGAACUAUUACUCCUGCAGCUACUGGAAGGGCAGAGUGCCGCGGCAGGGCUGGCUUUACCUGUCCGUCAACCACCUGUGCUUCUACUCCUUCCUGCUGGGCAAAGAGGUAACCCUGGUGGUGCAGUGGACGGAGGUGACCCAGCUGGAGAAGAACGCCACCCUGUUGUUUCCGGAGAGCGUUCGUGUCAGCACACGUGACACCGAACAUUUCUUCUCCAUGUUCCUCAACAUCAACGACACCUUCAAGCUGAUGGAGCAGCUUGCCAACAUCGCCAUGCGGCAGAUUCUGGACAACGAGGCGUUUGCUGCCGACCGCUCGCUGCCCAAACCCUGCAAGACCCUGAAGAACGUCUCUGCGCUCAAGAGGGAUUUGGAUGCGCGGGCGAAGAAUGAACGGUACAGGACGAUGUUCCGGCUGACCCAGGACGAGCGUCUGGACGGACACACGGACUGCACGCUGUGGACGCCGUUCGCUAAGAUGCACGUGGUCGGACAGCUGUUCAUCUCCAAUAACUACAUCUGUUUUAACAGCAGAGAAGAAGACCUGUGUCAGCUCAUCAUCCCACUCAGAGAGGUGUCCAUCGUGGAGAAGGCGGACAGCAGCAGCGUCCUACCGUGUCCCGUCUCCAUCAGCACAAAGAACAAGAUGAACUUCCUGUUUGCCAACCUGAAAGACAGAGACUUCCUGGUCCAACGCAUCUCUGACUUCUUGCAGCGAACGCCCGACAGCUCAUGGGGCGACACCAGCCCGCUGUCUCUGAUAGGUCACUCGGGGUCCUCCGGAACCCCCUCGUCCUCGACUGCAGAGUCCGUCCAAAGGGGGCGUCAUUACCACACCGGUCUGCCCACAGCCAGCCAGGGUCUGCUGCAGCUCUACCACCGAGAUGCACCGGAGGAUCUUGGACCCAAGGCCAUGAAGGAGAAGAUGAAGGAGGAAGCCUGGAACAUCCAUUUCUCCGAGUUUGGUCGAGGUGUCUGCAUGUACCGAACCUCCAGAACCAGAGAACUCGUCCUCAACGGGAUCCCAGAGCGCCUGAGAGGAGAGCUGUGGCUACUGUUCUCUGGAGCGCAGAACGAGAUGGCGACCCACCCUGGUUACUAUGGCGACCUGGUGGAGCAGGCCAUGGGGUUGUGUUCAUUGGCUACCGAGGAGAUCGAGCGCGACCUUCACCGCUCCAUGCCCGAGCACCGAGCCUUCCAGAACGAUAUGGGCAUCGCCGCACUGCGCCGCGUCCUCACUGCCUAUGCCCACCGCAAUCCCGGCAUCGGAUACUGUCAGGCGAUGAACAUCGUCACCUCCGUCCUGUUGCUCUACUGUCCAGAGGAGGAAGCUUUCUGGCUAUUGGUGGCGCUGUGUGAGCGCAUGCUGCCUGACUACUACAACACCAGAGUCGUAGGUGCUCUGGUGGAUCAGGGGGUCUUUGAGGAGCUGACCCGGGCCUUCCUGCCUCUGCUUUAUGAACACAUGCAGGAGCUGGGAGUCAUCUCCACAAUCAGCCUGUCCUGGUUUCUCACACUCUUCCUGUCAGUGAUGCCAUUUGACAGUGCCGUCUUAUUGGUCGACUGCUUCUUCUAUGAAGGCAUCAAGGUCAUCUUCCAGGUGGCACUGGCUGUGCUCCACGACAACAUGGACGUCCUGCUGUCCUGCAGCGACGAGGGGGAAGCCAUGACCAUCCUGGCCAGAUACCUGGAUAAUGUUGUGAAUAAACAGACGGUGGCUCCACCCAUCCCUCACCUGCACGCCCUGCUGACGAGCGGAGACGAUCCCCCGCCUGAGAUCGACAUCUUCGACCUCAUCAAGUCGUCCUAUGAGAAGUUUGGCAGCUUGCGCUCUGAUGUCAUCGAGCAGAUGAGGUUCAAGCAGAGGUUAAAGGUCAUCCAGUGUCUGGAGGACACGGCCAAGAGGAGCGUGGUGAGAGCAAUGAUGACGGAGUCCGCCUUCAGUAUCGAGGAGCUGGAGGAGCUUUACUGUCUCUUUAAGUCCAAACACAUGACGAGCUGUUACUGGGGCUCCAGCAGCUCUGCGGCCGAGCGUCACGAUCCCAGCCUGCCGUACCUGGAGCAGUACCGCAUCGACCCGGCUCAGUUCACCCAGCUGUUCACCGCACUCGCUCCCUGGGUCUGUGGAGGCCACACCCACACACUGUCGGCCCGCCUCUUCAGACUCCUGGACCAGAACCAGGACGGACUGGUCAACUUCAAAGAGUUCAUCACUGGACUCAGUGGGAUGUAUCAUGGAGACAUGACAGAGAAACUCAAACUGCUGUACAAGCUCCACCUCCCACCAGCUCUGUGUCCUGAGGAGGCGGAGUCAGCUCUGGAGGCAACACACUUCUUCACCGAGGACGUGCCACGAGAAUCUUCCUUCCUGUCUGAUCUGGACAUUUUGGGGCAGCAGGAAGUGACAUCAGGUGAGGAGGGAAAGGAUGGAGGCGCAGACGGCGAGGAGAAGAAAGAGGAGAAGGUGAAGGACUACAGGUACUACCUGAGGAUGUGGGCCAAAGAGAAGGAACCUAAGACAGAGACCAUCAAAGACCUGCCCAGGAUGAACCAGGAGCAGUUCAUAGACUUGUGUAAGACUCUGUACAACAUGUUCAGCGAGGAGCCUCUGGAGCAGCAGCUCUAUCAUUCCAUCGCCACCGUCGCCAGCCUGCUGCUGCGGAUCGGAGAAGUUGGCAAGAAGUUCAACAACGGCAGCAAGAAGACAGAUGACGCCGCUGCUCAGGCUCCGCCCCCUGACCUUCAGAGGGAGGAGGGGCCGGGAGAGGGGGGGUCAGGUGAGUCUCAGGUGUGCCGGGCUCUGGCCGAUGCUCAGCUGGAGCCGGCGGCUCCGCAGACGUCCGACGAGGAAACCAAAGACGACACUUCGGUGUCGUCGUACUCGGUGGUGAGCUCUGGCUCGCUGCAGUGCGAGGACAUCGCCGACGACACUGUGCUGAUCAGCGGCGGCGAGCAAAGGCAGGGUAGCGUGCUGGAUGUUGAUUGGUCAAUCACCUUCGAGCAGGUGCUGGCAUCACUGCUGACGGAGCCGCCGCUCGUCGAUUACUUUGAGAAGAAGAGGGACAUCCACAGCAAGAUGGCCGCCUGUAAAGCCCAACGGGCGGUAGAGCGUCAGACAAGCUCCGCCUCCGACCAUGAACUCACUCAGCACUCCACCUGACCACCUGACUCCCGUCCAUCAGAGGCUGCAAACUGAACCGUUAGUUCUGCAGACAGGAUUUAAAAACAUUAGUCGUCAUGAGUUCAGGUGAUCGUACCUUUAUUACACUUCGUGCAGGAGUUUCACAGUUAAAGCCCUCCAGGAACGGGAUUAUGGAGGGCUUUUAAUGUGAAAGAGUUUGGAGGAAGUGCUCAUUUGUUUUAACAGGAAACAACCAGAUAUAACACUUAAAAUUUACAAAUAAGCACUUGGAUCUCCACCACACUAAACACAGCUUAGGAUCAGCAGGGGGAGGAGCAGGUAGACCUGCAGGUCCCUGUGCAGGUUAGAAAUAAACAGUCUCUGAAACUAUCACUAGCAGCCGGGAAGGUGAAUCAGGUGAAGAGAGUGCUGACUGAACUACGGAAGCCCCAACGUCCUAACUCGUGUUUUCGUUGAACCAACUUUUUCUCACAAGAUAAAGAACUAAAUCAUCUCCGCGUGAUCAAAAGAGUGUUCGACAUGUUUCUGAUACAAAUGAUUGAUUUCUGAGUAAACAGGAGAACCCGUUCCCCUGUACCCGUACACCUAUACCCGUUCCCAUGUACCUGUAUACUGUACCCGUUCCCCUGUACCCGUACACCUAUACCCGUUCCCCUGUACCUGUACCUGUACACUGUACCCGGUAUACCCGUACCCGUUCCCCUGUACCCGUACACCCAUACCCGUUCCCCUGUACCCGUUCCCCUGUACCCGUACACCUGUACCCGUACACCCAUACCCGUUCCCCUGUACUCGUUCCCCUGUACCCGUACACCUGUACCCGUUCCCCUGUACCCGUUCCCCUGUACCCGUUCCCCUGUACCCAUUCCCCUGUACCCGUACACCUGUACCCGUACACCUGUACAUGUACACCCGUACCCGUUCCCCUGUACCCGCACACCUAUACCCGCACACCUGUACCCAUUCCCCUGUACCCGUACACCUGUACCCGUACACCCAUACCCGUUCCCCUGUACCCGUUCCCCUGUACCCAUUCCCCUGUACCCGUACACCUGUACAUGUACACCCGUACCCAUUCCCCUGUACCUGUACACCCGUACCCGUUCCCCUGUACACGUACACCUGUACAUGUACACCCGUACCCGUUCCCCUGUACCCGUUCCCCUGUACCCGUACACCUGUACAUGUACACCCGUACCCGUUCCCCCUGUACUCCGCUCACCUGGGCAACAUAAAGAACAUUUAUGUAAAAAGGUGCUUAAUGUUGGAACAGGCUGAAAUGUUUUCUUUUGAUGACUGAAGAAGGAAGUGCACAGGUAUCCAGAGGAAAUAAAACACGCUGUUAAACUCUUUACUUUUUUAAUUUCUGUACAGAAAUAUUAACUGUUUAUUAAUCACCUGGUCGUAUUACCUGAACAAACUCAUGUAUCUUUUUCACUCAGGUGAGUUCACCUGUAGACUUUUAUUUUGAUGUCACUGAAGCCUUGUUUGUUUGUGUCUGCUGCCUGAUGACAUCACUCCUGUUUACUUCCUGUUGAUGAUGUCACAGGACGUUUUUAUUUGAUUUUUAAAAUCCAUUUAUUGGUCAGUUAUUGAUCUGUAUCCUGUUGUCUAAUAAAUACUGAACAAAG